CACACAACGACAACAGAAUUGAAUUGACUUCUUCCGACAAUCAAACUAGCAAUAGCAAGUGUUUGGAGCACACUGCAGCAACAAUAAAAUAUCACAAACAAGAAAAUUUAUAUCUGUUAUCGUUUAUUGUUUGAAAGACAAAACAAAUAGUUUUAUAGUUUUUUAAAGUGUUUUUAAACAUUUGUAUGUACAUAUAUGUUCCUGUUUACAAGCAUUUAUACAAAUUCACAGACAAAAAUUUCAAAAUAUUAAACGCAUUUUAAAUUUGUUGAAUUGUUUUAAAAAUGAACUUCGAAGGGGCAAUUAGUCAAAUCGACAAUGAAAUUUCAGUUAAAAAAGAAGAUCGGGAAUCUUAUACCAAAGAUUUCGAUAAAAUUCGAAAUCAUCUUUUAAAAAUAAUGGAACUGACGGAUGAAGUAUUUAAAAAAAUUUACGGUGGACCCAGUCUUUUUGGCAGCUUUCUGGAAAACAUGAAAAUUCUUGCUCCAGAUGAAUUUGAUGUCCAUUUUUUGCUUAAGCUACCAUUUUACGAGGAUAUUGUUAUACAAAAGGACGCACUUCGACCAGGCUAUGUUAAACUUUUAAUUUCCAAACCAUUGAUGCGAAUGAAGCAAAAUAAAGACUAUGUUAUGGUCUAUGAACAGUUUAAUCAAUUUGUAACAUCAUCCGGUCAUUUGUUACGGUGCGAAAUUCAGCAUUGGCUGGAAAGAAUAAUUAUUAAAGCCUUUCGAACCUAUGGCAACUCAUUGCCUAAUUAUGAUGAAACAGAUGUAUAUAAAUUAAUCUAUUUAAAACGAGGAACAGCUCAUACAAUAAAAGCCUUCUCCCAAAGCCGUAAUAUUUCAAUAGAUUUUGUGCCAGCAUUUAAAUUCAAUGCUGACAAAACUUGGCUAGCUGAAAGACCAUUUCCAAAUUAUGUAAAGGAAAAACUUUGGUUCGCAGUACCAAAACCAAGUGUUGGUCCUAAAAAUGGUCGCAAAUUGACCUUCUCUAUUUGCGUACCUCAAACCGAGAAACACCUAUUAAUGGGCAAAUAUAACCUUAAGCCGACUUUGAGACUUAUGAAGAGCAUGCGCGACAGAAUUGAUUCUGACAACUGUAUUAAAAGUUACUUUAUCAAGAGUAUUUAUUUGCAUGAGAAUGAGAAUCAAGAUGACGAGUUUUGGAUGCAGUCACCAGGAAAGCUCUUAAUACAUAUGCUUGAUCGGUUAUUAUUUUGUUUGGAGAACAAAUCUAUAGAAUUCUAUUGGUGUGGUUCUAUGAAUUUAUUGGCAAGUCUUGACGACUGUAAAACUAUAAAAUUGACAAAAACAUUUCAACGGGUUAGAAAUAGAUUGGUAAUGUUUUCAGAACAACCCUACGUUAAGUACACUAAGAUAAGGAGUUUGUUCGGAUACGCAACUAAACCAAUUAAGGAGGAACUCAUAUAAUAACAAUUAACUACUAAUCAAUAAUAUAUGUAUUGUUCUUUUAUACCUAAUAUAAAUAAAAAAGUUUUCUUUAUGUA